GCGAGGGAGAGAAAAAAGAAGAGAGAAACGGAGAAAGAACGAGAUCUCAGCAGUUCAGUUUGACUUGUUAGCUAGGUAGUCAACCCGGAACGAGGAGAGAGGAGUACUCCGUUUGGGAUUGAUGAUUAUUUCUAGCUUCCAGCAUGGAUAUUUUUGGAUCGUAAAAAGAAGUGCGUCGGGAGAUCUGGAUCUGGAUUUGUAAAGGCUUUAAAUGUAUUUUUGGGGGAUUUAAAAUCACUUGUAAAGGUGUAAUUCAUGUUGUUCUCUCCGUGCCGGGUUAGAAGAGAUGUGAAGGGGUGUUCGUUCCAAAGUCCGAAAGGAGUGCGUAAAAGCGUUUUAGGGCUCCCUUUCUUUCUCUUUUUCUCGUUGACUUUUCCAUAUUGAAUUCUGCAUUUACUUAGUUCCCGUGUAGCUAUUGUCUACUCGCAUGAUAUUAUCAUGUGUGUGAAACAUUUGUUUAUCCCUUCCGAGGCGUAGGGAACAUAACAACACGGGUCAAGAAUAGGAUUCAAAGUUCUGCAUGUUAUUGACUACGUUCCCAGUAUGAAUGAAUUUUUGAUUUCCCAUGUCUCAAUCUAAUCCUGUUCUCCAACCCUGGCACGGCGCUCCGCCAACAUUAAUGUCCUACAACUAAAUUCAAAGUAGCUGGUAAACAGUCCCCUUUGGUUUACCCGAAACAAGAAUAACCUAGAGAGAGAAAAGCGCAUCUAUAUUUUUUUAAAUUGUCGUAUGUUCAGGACGAAACGCUCAGGUCUUGUGCGGCGACUCUGGCGAAGCCGUUUGAUUCCACAUAGUGAGGAGGGAGAUGGUGGACAUAAUGGCCCAAGUAUCGAAGACAGUCCUAGGGACGAUCUCUUCACAACCUGCCACAACCCGGAGAAAAUUAACAAAACGGAUCUCCGACCGAUGACGGUUGGCAGGUCGCCUGCAGGGGACUUAGGUGGAGUAUGUGCCUUCAACUCGGCGGAGAGUUGCAGCGGCAGGGUGGGGGGCAAAUCGGACCAACAGGGGGGUGCUCUGUCGGUGACUGUGUGUGUCCAAGGGCCGGAGCAGGGCAGCCCUCAGGCAGUGCAGGACAGCGAAUGCAGGACGGUGACGUGUUGUUUAUUUAAAGACCGGGACCACUGUGAAGUUGAACCCAUUGCCCCGGGGAGGGAACCGUUACCAGACUCCUGUCAUUUUGUUUUGAGGAACCACGACGGCGGUGGAGCUCGGGACAACGGUUCUCCUGAGGCGAAGCCGCGCACGGUGCUGGAGCAAGAACUAAAAACCGCCACAUAUUCUCUAUUGAAAUGCUUAAAGGACAAAACUCUGGAUACGUUACUGGAGGCGGUGGAGUCCAGAGAAGGGAUGUGGAGCGACUGUGUGAUGGUAUCCCAGACAGAGAUGCGUCUGGGCGGACACACGGCCAUAUCUCCGCCGCUGCUGCUGUGUAAACUCUACCGUUGGUCGGACCUCCAGCACACCGCCCAGCUCAAGCCGCUCUGUGAGUGCAGGAGCUUUGGGACUCUGGCUGGCCACGCGGUAUGCUGCAACCCCUAUCACUACAGUCGGCUCUGCAGCGUAGAGUCGCCCCCACCGCCAUACUCACGGCUGUCCCCUACAGAGGAACAAAAGCCACUUGAUGCCAGUGUGUCCCCGGACGUAUCCAACCAGUGGUGUCACAUGGCCUACUGGGAACACCGUGAGCGCGUGGGCCGUCUCUACCCGGUCUACCACACCUCCGUCUCUGUCUUCUAUGAUCUACCUCAGGGGACCGGCUUCUGUCUGGGCCAGCUCAGCCUCCACGAUAACCAUCAACCCUGUUCCACAGACCACCCCGGUUUCCGUACCGUCCAGCGCACACGCGCCAAGAUCGGUUACGGUAUCCUCCUCAGUAAAGAACCGGACGGGGUGUGGGCCUAUAACCGGAGUCAACACCCCAUCUUUGUGAAUUCCCCCACCCUGGAUGUUCCUGGGAGCAGGAGUCUGGUUGUGAGGAAGGUGAUGUCAGGAUAUUCUAUCAGGGUGUUUGACUGGGAGAGAUUCAGCAUGUUGAGGAGCUUGCAGCACGCUGACCCUAUAGAGCUGCUAGAGGGCCCCUAUGAUCCUAACAGUGUGAGGAUUAGCUUUGCUAAGGGAUGGGGUCCCUGCUAUUCCAGACAGUUUAUUACAUCAUGCCCCUGCUGGCUGGAGAUACUGCUCAACACACACACAUAAUACAGAGAGAGAAUGAGGGAGAGAGAGAGAUAGAAUGAGGAAUGAGAGAUAGAUAGAUAGAGAGAGAGAGAGAGAUAGAAUGAGAGAUAGAUAGAGAGAGAUAGAAUG